AUGCCGCAUCACCUUCUCCUGAUUGGACAAUCCUCGCCGUACUUCAAGGAUAAUGUGGACGGCCCUAGAACCAUCAUCCGUACUGGCGAGCAACAUCUCGCAGCUUGUGUAUCGCAGCUCCUUUCAAUGGAACAGGAUCUCGAGAACAUCGACGUGCGCUUGCCACCACCAGCGAAGUCCAUGGACAGGCUGUACGCGUCCAGAGCGGAGGUAGAACACCUCAUGGUCGACGUCAACGAUAAAGGUAGCCUCCAUACUGCGGCUCUUCGUCUUGCAAGUCUCUUUGGAUCAUUCGGCUUGACGAUGAUGGUCGACAAUGGCGGGUUUCUAUGGAGUUACAAGAAUUAUCGAUAG